AUUUAAUUAUGGAGAACGUAUUAAUUGAACCUGAUGUUGCCGGUGUCGUUAAAAAAUUGUCAAGUAUUAUUGAAAAGCAUGCUAAUGAUGCAAUAAAUACCGGCGAUGUCUUCAAAAUUGGCUUAUCAGGAGGAUCAUUAAUUAAAUUUUUAGCUGAAGGUUUGCCAGAAAUAACAACUGAUUGGUCUAAAUGGAGAUUCUUUUUUUGUGAUGAACGAAUUGUACCUUUUGAUAAUGAAGAAUCUACUUAUGGUCAAUAUAAAGCUAGUUUGAUUGAUAAAAUUCCAAUUACUGAAGACCAAUUUAUUACUAUUGAUACUGAACAUUCAGCUGUAGAAGCGGCAAAUGACUACAUCAUGAAGAUGUCCGUAUACUUUCCACCAGACAGUCUACCACGUUUCGAUUUGCUUCUGCUAGGAGUUGGACCCGAUGGGCAUACAUGCUCCCUAUUUCCUGGGCAUCGUUUGCUGGAAGAGACAAUUAGAUGGGUUUGUCCCAUAAACGAUUCUCCAAAACCACCACCUUCAAGAAUAACUCUCACGUUUCCGGUGAUUAAUAAUUCUAAGGCUUGUGUCUUUGCCGUUGCUGGAGCGAGUAAAGCUGAUAUAAUAAAGCGUGUACUGAAACUGAAAGAAAAUUUGCCUGCUGGUCGGGUGAAUCCAACUAAUGGCUCUCUAUACUGGAUCGUUGACCAAGAAGCUGCUAAAGGCCUGAACGAAUAGACUGGAAUGUUUUUAAUAUUUUUGUAUGCAUUAAUUAUUAAUUAAUAUUUAAAUAAUACUAAUUAUUGAUAACUGAUAAUAAUUAUUAAAUAAAAAUUAACAUUCCUAAAUAACAGUUUUAUGUUUCAAUUUAAUUUAUUUUUAACUUUAUUUUAUUUUUCACAAUAUUUUAAAUCCUGGGUUAUUUUUAAAUUCAAACAUCACACAGUUCAAUAAAUAAAUUAAAUUUUUAAAUGAAGAAAAAAAAAGCUUAUGUACACCAGCAUAAAUAAGAAACUAAAUAAACAUUUAAUUUAUUUAUUUUUUAAGCUAAUGCUUGACAGUCAUGAUUUUAAAUCAGUCCUGUUAAUUUAUAGGUAAAUAUGUUAUGCCAUAUAAAUAUUAUAUUUUUAAUAAUGUAUUUAGGACUCGAAAAGUUCAAUUAGUUUUAAUAAUUUUUAAGUAUAAUUAACUAUAGUUCAAUAGAAAAGCAGUCUGUAGCUAAUUAUUGUUUAUUAAUUUACUCAUUAGUCUGGCAAUCAACAAUCGUGUAAACUUUUGGAAUGAUAUUAAAUUCAAAUUUUUUUUUACCUGAUAAUAAAUAAUUGAAUUAUAUGAUGCAAGAAACAUUGUAAUAACAUUUUUAUCAUUUGCUAGUUUGCCCCCAGUCUAGAUUAAUUUGAACGACAGCCAAAAUUAAUCUGACAAUCAAACAUUCAUUUAUGUUUGAUCUCCGCCUUUUUUGUUAUUCUUUGCUUUUAAAAUAACAAUUUACAAUACCUCCUUACAAUC